GACAGAACGCAUUGACAGCAGAGACAUGCUGUUAUGCUGACAGAUGAAAUAGGAUUGGCUGAAGAGAUGAGCUCUUAUUUUGAGCACAAGCCUGGUGCUGCCUCAUUAUACGGUGAACAGUGUACUAUUCUGGGAGCCUGAGGCCCUCUUCUGAUCCAACAGCUGUCCUCUGCUGUGAAAUUCAGUCCUUAAACGUGUGUGAGUAGUAAAGAUGGCAAGCAUGUUCACACGAAUGCUCACCGGACGCAACAAGGCUGUGUUCAUGGCCAGCCUGGGCGCAGGCACCUUGGUAUCCAGCUACAUCAUGACGGACUCUGGAGUCUCUGCUGGGGAGAAAAGGAAGCUGUACCCACCCAGUGCUGAUUUCCCAGAUCUGCGCAAACACAACAACUGCAUGGCUUCUGCUUUGACCCCUGCCAUUUAUGGCUGUCUGAGGGACAAGCUAACUCCUAAUAACUGGAGCCUUGACCAAUGCAUUCAGACUGGAGUGGACAACCCUGGUCAUCCCUUCAUCAAGACUGUGGGCAUGGUGGCUGGUGAUGAGGAGAGCUAUGAGGUGUUUGCUAAACUCUUUGAUCCAGUCAUUAAGGAAAGACACAAUGGCUAUGACCCCACAACCAUGAAGCACCCAACAGACUUGGACAGCUCAAAGAUCACUUCCGGGAUGUUUGAUGAGAACUAUGUGCUGUCAUCACGUGUGCGCACAGGCCGCAGUAUUCGUGGGCUCAGCCUGCCACCUGCCUGCUCCCGCGCUGAACGCCGUGAGGUGGAGCGUGUUGUAGUCCAGGCUCUUUCUGGAUUGAAAGAGGACCUGGCAGGCAAAUACUACAGCCUGACAGAGAUGACUGAGCAAGAACAGCAGCAGCUUAUUGAUGAGCACUUCCUCUUUGAUAAGCCAGUAUCUCCUCUCCUCACCGCAGCUGGUAUGGCUAGAGACUGGCCAGAUGCUCGUGGGAUUUGGCAUAACAAUGAAAAAACAUUUUUAAUCUGGAUCAAUGAAGAGGACCACACCCGAGUCAUUUCCAUGGAAAAAGGUGGAAACAUGAAGAGGGUGUUUGAGAGGUUCUGCAGAGGACUGAAAGAGGUGGAGAGACUGAUUCAGGAGAGAGGUUGGGAAUUCAUGUGGAAUGAACGCCUGGGCUAUAUCCUGACCUGCCCCUCCAAUCUUGGCACUGGUCUGAGAGCUGGUGUCCAUGUCCGUCUGCCCCUCCUCAGCAAGGACAAACGCUUUAAUAAAAUUUUGGAUAAUCUUAGACUACAGAAACGUGGAACAGGAGGUGUGGAUACUGCGGCUGUGGGUGACACUUUCGACAUCUCCAACCUUGACCGUUUAGGCAAAUCUGAGGUUGAGCUUGUCCAGUGUGUGGUUGAUGGUGUCAACUACCUGAUCAACUGUGAAAAAAAACUUGAGAAGGGCCAAGACAUUACUGUCCCUCCACCAGUUUCCCAGUUCAAGAAAUAAAAGCAUCCCAAUGAGAGGAACUGAGAGCUGGUUUGCUGAGAGACCUGUAAGCUAACCUGUUAACUCUCUUAUACAGAUCUUACUGGAACUCAACUCAAUAAAUUAUUUAACUUUUUA